CUGCUCUUUCCAUCCCGGCGGGAUGCUGUGGCCAAUGCAGAUCCGCUUUUGUCUCAGUGCCGGGAAAGCCGGCUCCGCUCGGAGCCCGCGGAGCCGGAGGCGUUAGGACCCCCGAGCCGGGCGCCGGCGGCCAGGAAGAGGAGGGUCCCGGAGCCGGGCUGCCUCCCGUCACGCUGGGAGGGGAAAAGCGAGGAUUUCAGGCUAAUCCAAGCUGGGAAGGAGCCGCUUUCCGCUUGCGGCCGCAGCAGCAAAGCCGAAAAACAGAGGCCAGGGGGAUCCGGGGGGAGGGAGGCCCCGAGCGCCGCGGCCGGAGUGGGAAGCUGAGAUUGCGGCGGCUUCCCGCGGAGCUUCUCGCCGCUCGGGGAUUUAUUUUCGGAGCCGGCCGCGGCGGGAGGGGACGGGGCGGGAAGCGGCCAUGGCCUCGCCGCUGUCUCCUCUGCAGGAGGAGAACCGGGUGCUGCAGCAGGAGCUGGCCCGCGUCGAGGACCUGCUGGCGCAGAGCAGGGCCGAGCGCGACGAGCUGGCCAUUAAGUACAGCGCCAUCAGCGAGCGGCUGGAGCAGGCGCUGCGGCUGGAAGCGGGCGAGGGGGAGCCGGCGGCGGUGGCAAGCCGGGGCCUGGCGCGGCAGCACCUGGAGCUGCGGCGGCUGCUGGGCGCCGAACACGCCGCCUACAAGCGCAAGCUGCAGGCCUACCGCGAGGGCCAGCAGCGGCAGGGCCAGCUGGUGCACACGCUGCAAGCCCAGGUGCUGCAGUACAGGAGCAAAUGCGGCGAGAUGGAGCAGCGGCUGCUGGAGGCAUCGGCGCAGCUGGAGCGGCAGCGGCUGGAGGGCCAGCUGGAGGCCGGCAGCCCCCGCGGCGGCUGCAGCGAGCUGGAGACGGUGCUGAUCCGCUUGGAGGAGGAGCAGCAGCGGAGCGGCAGCCUGGUGCAGGUGAACGCCAUGCUGCGCGAGCAGCUGGAGCAGGCCAGCGGUGCCAACCGGGCGCUGGGCGAGGACAUGCGCAAGCUGGCGGCCGACUGGGCGCAGGCCCGCGACGAGCUGGAGCAGCGCGAGGCGCAGUGGAGGCGCGAGGAGGAGUCCUUCCACGCGCACGCGGGCGCGGAGCACGGCCGGCUGCUGACGCUGUGGCGGCAAGUGGUGGGCGUGCGGCGGCACGCCGGCGAGGCCAAGGCGGCGGCGCAGAGGGAGCUGGCGGAGCUGCGGCAGGAGGUGGCCCGCGUGGGCCGGGCGCUGCAGGCCGCCUGCCAGGCCCUGGGCUCCCGGCUGCGGCGGCGGGAGGCGGCGGAGGCGGCGGGGCGGCGGGCGCAGGCGUUGCGGCUCGCCGGCCUCGAGGAGCGGCUGCGCGACGCCCGGCGCCAGCAGGGCCGCCUGGCCGCCAGCUUGGCGCAGGCAGCGGCCGAGCGCGCCGGCAAGGAGCGGGAGCUGGAGGAGCUGCGGCUGCGGCUGCAGAGCCUGGAGACGUCGCGGCCCCCCGCGGAGCUGGAGGUGCUGCAGGCCGAGGCGCGGAGGCUGCGGCGGGCGCUGGCGGACGUCACCCAGGCGGUGCUGGCGGAGGCGGACGGCGCCGAGCCCCCCCCCGAGGGCGCAGGGACCCCGUCGCCGCCCGGCUCCCCCCCCGCCGGCACCCGCAGCCCGGCACCCGCGGGGGCGGAGGAGGCUCUGGGUGCUGUGCGUGCCGCCCUGCAGCGGGGGCGGCGGCGGCUGCAGGAGGCGCGGCGCGGGCAGGCGGCGAGCGCGGAGGCGGCGGGGCGGCUGCAGGGGCAGCUGGCGGCGGGGGCGGAGGAGCGGCGGGCGCUGGAGCGGCGCCUGGCCGCGCUGGAGGAGGAGGCCGGGGGCUGCCGCCGGGCCGAGCAGCGGGCGCUGCGUGACGCCGCCCGCCACCGCGCCGCCGCCGAGAGCCUCGGCAGGGCCAAGGGGGCCCUGGAGCAGGCGCAGGCCGAGCUGCAGCGCCGGCACCGGGAGCUGCAGGAGCAGCGCGACGAGGCCCGCGAGGCCGCCCAGCGCGCCCGCCGCCACCUCGAGGACAGCCAGCGGCGGCAGGAGCAGCUGGAGGAGGAGGCGGCGCGGGCGCGGGAGGAGCUGCUGCUGGCGCAGGAGGCCCGCAGCAAUGCCGCGCUGGAGGCCGAGGUGGCACGUGGCGAGCGGGACGAGCUGGCCGCCGCGCUGAGCAAGGCGGAGGCGAGCGGCGGGGAGCUGGCGGCGGCGCUGGGGGCGGCGCGGGCGGAGGCGGCGGCAGCCCGCGGGGCCCUGGGCCGCCUGGGCGAGCUGGGCGCCGGCCUGGCGGGCGACCGGGCGCAGCUGGAGGGGCUGCUGGGGCGCCUGGAGGGCGAGAGGCGGCGGGCGGCGGCGGCCGAGGAGGAGGGCGAGCGGCUGCGGGCCGAGCUGCGGGAGGGCCAGGGGCUGCGGGAGGAGCCGGGCCAGGCGGCGGCGCUGCGGGAGGCGGCGGGGGCGCGGGAGGCCCCGGCCCGCCAGGCCACCGCCGCCGCGGAGCAGCUCGUCGCCGGCCAGCGCGUCGCCCGGCAGCGGCAGCGGGAGCUGGCCGCCCUCAGGGCGGAGAAGGCGGCGCUGGAGCAGCUGCAGGCCGAGAGCCGGGGCCGGCUGCAGGCCAAGGAGGGGCUGCAGGCGGAGCUGGAGGCCGCGCGGCAGCAGCCUGCGGCCGAGCUGGAGCGGCUGGAGGGCGAGAAGGAGCUGCUGGCGCAGGCGCUGCAGGGCACCCGCGAGGCCCACGACGAGGCCGCCGACCGCCUGCAGCAGGACAAGGCGGCGGAGCUGCGGGCGGCCGGCGAGGCGCGGGAGAGGCGCGGCAGGGAUGCGCGGGAUGCCCUGGGCGAGGCGGCGCGGGAGACGGAGGCGCUGCGGCGUUCCAACGAGGAGCUGCGGCGUUCCAACGAGGAGCUGCGGGAUGCCGUGCGGCACGCCGAGGGCCGGCGCAUCAGCCUCCAGCGGGCCAACGAGGAGAAGGAGCAGCGGCUGGCGGUGGCGGAGGCCGGGCUGGCGGCGGCGGGCCGCGAGGCAGCCGAGCUGCGGGCCGGCUUGCAGGAGCUGGAGCGGGAGCGCCUGGAAGCCCGCCGGGAGCUGCAGGAGCUGCGGCGGCAGGUGAAGACGCUGGACGGCGAGAGCUGCAGGAAGAGCAAGGAGGUGGCGGAGCUGCAGGAGCGCCUGGCGCGGGAGGAGCGGCGGGAGGAGGAGGGCCGCUGCGAGGCCUUCGGCCUCAGGCAGAGGCUGGCGGAGAGCGAGGCCGAGCUGGAGAGCGCCAGGAAGGAGGUGCAGCACCUGCAGCAGCGGCUGGCGGAGGCGGCGGGCGACCGCGGGCGGCGGGCGCGGGAGCUGGCGCGCAGCGUGGAGGCGGCGCGGGGCCGCGAGCGGACGCUGCUGGCCGAGGCGCGGGAGCUGCGGCGGCGGGCGGAGGAGGCGGCGGCGGCGGCGGCCGAGCGGGGCCUGCGGCUCAGCGCCGCCGAGGGCCGGGCCCGCGGCCUGGAAGCCGAGCUGGCCCGCGCCGAGGGGCUGCGGCGGGCCGCCGAGGACCGCCUGGGCGAGCUGCGGGCCGCCCUGCGCCGCGCCGCCGGCAUCGGCAUCCGCUCGCCGCUCCCGGGCGACGCGGCCGAAGGGCCCAGGAGUCCCGGCUCGCCGGCGGCGGGUGCCGAGGCCGACGGGGAGCCCGAGGCGGUGCGGGCCGCCCUGGACGGCUUCGUGCGGGAGCUGCGCGAGGCGCAGCGGCAACGGGAGGAGCUGCGGGCGCAGGUGGGUGCCCUGGGCCAGCGGCUGGCCGAGGCCGAGGAGCAGCGGGACGGUGCCAGCGCCCGGGCGCAGCAGCUGGUGGCUGAGAGCGAGGAAGGGCGCCGGGGAGCCGCCGGGGAGCUGAGCAGCGCCCGGCCGGCAUUGCUGCUGCGGGAGGAGGCGGCGCGGCGGGACGGGUGCCAGCGCCAGGCCCUGCUCGACACGGUGGCCGCGCCGGAGAGGAGCCUGCGCGUCGCCGACGGCACCCGCCGAGCCUCCGAGGAGCGGCCGAGCGCGCUGCAAGCCGGCGAGGCCACGCCGGAGGUGGCCGAGAGCCGCGGCGCGUGCCCGGAGCUGCAGCGGGCCCGGUGGGCCCUGGGCGAGCGCGAGGCGGAGGCGCGGGAGCUGCGGGAGCGCGACGAGGAGCUCCGGUGGCAGGGCUCGCCGCGGGAGCAGCUGCGGGAGCUGCGGGGCGAGUGCGCCGAGCGGCAGCCCUGCACCCGCGAGCUGGAGGCCCAGGGCCGGCAGCGGCAGGAGCCGCAGGAGGGGGAGCGCUCGUCCCUGCGCCUCAAGGACAGGACCGCCCUCGGGAAGAGCCUGGACAAGGCGACGGCGCUGGAGCAGCCGGCGGGCGCGGGGCAGCGGGAAUCCGUCUGUCCGUCCCGGCGCAGAUCGCCCCGGCACCGCCACCCCGACUCCUCCGGCCUCGCCGGCAACUAAAAGCCCCCCCCGUACGUCACACGGCAUCCGUGUCCCCCCCCCGAAAAGUCUCAGCCCCGGCUGAGACCGGUGCAACUCAUCACACGAAUGAGUCGCUCAGCGGCGUUUCGAACCACCUGGGAAACAGCGAGGCCGAAACGGGGGCCGGCCCCCAUCCCGCAGAAGCAGCACCGGGCUUAUUUUUCCGCGCCGUUCCCUUUCCUUCCUGCUUCUUUUUUUUUAAAAAAAAAAGGAAAAAAAACCCCAAAAAGCACUUCACCGCAGAGAAGACACCACUAAUGUAUUUUUGAUACAGCUCGGGGCCUGACUGAGGGCUUUUUUUUCUUUUCUACCGCAAUUUUUUAACAAGAGGUUUGGAAAUACUAUUUUUUUUUUAACAUUCCCCGGAGCAACCGGCCAGGAGCUCUUUGCCUCUUUAUGUAUAUAUUUAAAAUAUAUAUAUAUUUUUAAAACGCC